GAAAAUGCUUAAUUUCAUUAUGCCGUUCAAAAUGUAUUUCAUGUUUAUUGUUUUCGAAUUUUAUUUUCAUUUGAAUAAAGACAAAUUUAUGUAUAGUAAUAACUAUUAAAAGUCUUGACGAGAUUGUAUUUCUUUAGCAGUACAUGUUAAAAAACUUGAGGCGCGCGUUAUUUUUUGGUUUUAGAUCUGCCUGCGCGAUCAAAAAAUUGAAUUAUGAAAAAGCUUCCCUCAAUAUUAUUCGACAUCGUACCAGUUCUUCUAAAAUGUUUCGCGUUUUAAACGUAGCUGAAAAAAAUGAUGCUGCAAAAAGUAUAGCUGAAAUUAUGUCUAAUGGCAGACUUCGAAGACGUGAGGGUCGUUCUGUUUAUAAUAAAAUAUAUGAAUUUGAAUAUAAUCUUUUUAACCAACGAUGCCAAAUGGUAAUGACUUCAGUUUCUGGCCAUCUGUUAAACUUAGAAUUCGCAGGAUCGUAUAGGAAGUGGCAGUGGUGCAACCCUGUUACAUUGUUUGAUGCUCCAGUGGUAAUAGAAUGUUUACAAGAUUAUCAACCAAUCAAGGCAACACUGGAAGCUGAAGCAAAGAAGUGUCAUUACCUCGUUAUUUGGACUGAUUGUGAUAGAGAAGGAGAAAAUAUUGGGUUUGAAAUUAUUGAUGUUUGCAAAAAAGUUCAACCAAGCUUAAAAGUAUUUCGUGCUAGGUUUUCUGAAAUUACAUCCCAGGCCAUUCACAGAGCAUGUGCUAAUCUUGGCCCCCCAGAUGAACGUAUGAAUGAUGCAGUGAAUGUCCGCAGGGAGCUUGAUUUAAGAAUAGGAGCAGCAUUUACCAGGUUUCAAACUCUGAGGCUGAAGAAAGUAUUUCCUGAUAUUCUUGGCAAUCAACUUAUUAGCUAUGGUAGCUGUCAGUUUCCGACUUUAGGAUUUGUUGUUGAAAGAUAUAAACAAGUUCAAGCAUUUAUACCAGAACCUUUCUGGAAACUUAAAGUAACACAUAAAAAGGAUGACACUGUUACUGAGUUCAGCUGGAAGCGAGGGCGUCUGUUUGAUCAUACAGCAUGUCUUGUCCUUUAUCAGAUGUGCUUAGAGGAACCCACUGCUCGUGUUGUUGAUAUAAAGAGCCGGAAUAAAAGCAAGUGGCGUCCGCAACCUUUGGAUACUGUGGAAUUUGAAAAACUGGUUUCUAGAAAAUUACGUAUUAAUGCAAAAGAAGCAAUGGCUGUAGCUGAGAAACUGUAUACUAAAGGUUUUAUCAGUUAUCCAAGGACAGAAACAAAAAUUUUUCCUAAGGAGUUGAAUCUUAUUGCAUUAGUUGAAAUGCAGUGUGAAGAUUCUAAUUGGGGAGCAUUUGCACUCCGUGUGAAAGAAUGGGGACCAGAUCCAAGGCAAGGCACUAAAACAGAUAAUGCACAUCCUCCUAUUCAUCCUACUAAAUACACCAAUACUUUGCAGGGAAAUGAAAAAACUAUUUAUGAAUUUGUUGUUCGACAUUUUCUUGCAUGUGUGUCCAAAGAUGCAGAGGGGCGAGAAACAACGAUAGAGAUUGAAAUAAAAGGUGAAAGGUUUGCUGUUAAUGGGCUGGUGAUCAUUGCAAGGAACUAUCUCGAUGUUUACCCAUAUGAGAGAUGGAAUGCAAAAGUUAUUGGAGAAUACAGUCCAAAUGAAGUUUUUCAGCCUUCUUCUAUAGAGAUGACUGAAGGAGAAACAAGUGCACCAGAACUACUAACAGAAGCUGAUCUUAUAGGACUGAUGGAAAAACAUGGAAUAG